GACUGAGGGGUGGAGGGCAGUCGGAGUAGAGGUGUUCCUCGCUGAACGUCAGCGCCAACAGUUUGCCACCACCCGUACCCGUGGGCCUGAUGUAGCAGGUUGUCAUCCCAUCUGCAGUGAAGGAAGUCCACUCUGGUGUCAUUAUAAUGGACUGAAAGUGGGAGUGGCUAUUCAUGGUGCACAGAGACUGAGCCUGCCUGCCUGCCUGUCUGGCUGUCUGAGGACCCAUCUAUGAGGUGACCCAGAAGAGUGAGUCACACUAGGAUGACAGUUUGGCUGAUGACCAGCAUGAUUACCUGUUCCUGAGUCAAAGAUGCAUGCUCCCUCUUUGGAUCCCCCUGACCACCAAUGAGCUGAUCCAACCCUCCCAUCACACAGUCCCAUCACCACUGUUUUCUACUGUACUCUGUUGUUUUCUAGUCUUCUCUCCCUCAGUCAUUGACCUAGUCUGACCUUCUGCAUGCCUGACAGUUAGGGAGGGAGGCAUUCACAGGCUUUAAUGGGACAGAUUCUCCCUACUAUUCAUGAAGUGUCAGCAGGACAAUAUGCAGCAGGGAGACAAGAGUCAAAGGGAGCCAGAGGGGGUGGGACCCAGUUCAGGUUCUGUGAGAAGGGGGCUGCAAGGCUCAGGUUCGAAGAGGGCCUUAUCUGAGUCAGAGCACCCUUCCUUGAUUAAGAUGAGCCAAAACGCCAGGGAGAGCAUGGGCACUUUUGGCCAGGGCUUGAAGCAGCUGUUUCAGCAGCAGCGUAAACGUCUCUCCCUCUCUCGCUCCACCAUCACCUCUUCAUCAUCCUCCUCAUCUUCCUCUGUGGUGUCAGCAGGUGGCACCUCCCCUUCUGCCCCAGAGGAUUCCUCAGGGUCUUGCUGUCCUGAUCCUGACAUCCUCUCUGCUCCUAUGGUUCCUUCUGCAGCUGGCCAGGGCUCAGCUGCUGCAGGGAUGAUAAGGCGUGGGACCAGCCUGCAGAGUCGGCGAAGUAAGGGUUCUGGGUCAGGAUCUGGGAGUGGAGAUCGCGAUCCUCUUCUGAAAGGUAGCCCUCAAGCCCCGCACCGCCGCUAUACCCAUGACCCGCAGCUGCAUACCAGCCGCCCACGCUCCUCCUCCACCACUGAUACCACACCCAGCAGUCCUGCCCCAGGAUUUUCCAGUGGUGAUGCUGUGCUGUCAUCAGGGUACCAGUCCACAGAGGAGACAGACAGGAUUGACCGUCUGGAAGUGAGCGGGCUAGGCCAAGCACCUCUGUCUGUUUCAUGUGGGGCAGACAGUUCGUUCCCGGGGGGUGAGGAUAUCACCCCAGACCCUCAGCGCACCAAGCAGGCCAUCGCCCAGCUGCAACAGAAGAUCCUCAAGCUCACGGAGCAGAUUAAGAUUGAGCAGACAGCCAGGGAUGAUAAUGUUGCUGAGUACCUCAAACUGGCCAACAAUGCCGACAAACAGCAAAGCACACGCAUCAAACAGGUUUUUGAGAAAAAGAACCAGAAGUCAGCACAGACCAUCCAGCAGCUGCAAAGGAAACUAGAGCACUACCACCGGAAACUGCGGGAAGUGGAACACAACGGUAUCCCACGCCAGCCCAAGGAUGUUCUGCGGGACAUGCAGCAGGGCCUGAAGGAUGUCGGAGCCAAAGUCACAGGCUUCAGUGAGGGAGUGGUGGAUAGUGUCAAGGGUGGCCUCUCCAGCUUCUCACAGGCCACCCACUCUGCUGCUGGUGCAGUCGUCUCCAAACCCCGGGAGAUCGCUUCCCUUAUUCGCAACAAAUUUGGCAGUGCUGAUAAUAUCCCUUCGCUUAAAGACUCUCUGGACGACCCUUCAGUGGAAGAAGGUGUGACAUGUACUGGUGGACGUUCUCUGGGUAGCGCUGGGCAUCACUUCCAAUCCAGUCCAAAGUAUGGCAGUGAGGAUGACUGCUCUAGUGCUACAUCAGGCUCUGCAGGGGCAAACAGCACAACAGGGGCCCCCGGGGGUCCACCAAGUUCCAAGGGAAACACACUGGAGAGGAGCCAGAGCUCCAGCUUUGAUAUGCUGCUGCAGGAGCUGCAGGAGUUGAGGGAGGGCCAGGCAAGGCUAGAGGAGAGCCUGGAAGGCUUGAAGAGCCACUAUCAAAGAGACUACACAGUUGUUAUGCAAGCGCUGCAGGAAGAACGCUUCAGGUGUGAGCGUCUGGAGGAACAGCUGAACGAUCUAACAGAACUUCACCAGAAUGAGAUCCUCAACCUUAAACAGGAGCUGGCCAGCAUGGAGGAGAAGAUCGCCUACCAAUCGUACGAGCGAGCCAGAGACAUCCAGGAGGCUUUGGAGGCAUGUCAGACCAGGAUCUCGAAGAUGGAGCUCCAGCAGCAGCAACAGCAGGUGGUCCAGUUGGAGGGGCUGGAAAAUGCCACAGCCCGGACCCUCCUGGGAAAACUUAUCAAUGUGCUGCUGGCCCUUAUGGCUGUCCUUCUGGUCUUUGUUUCAACUGUGGCCAACUGUGUGGUCCCCCUGAUGAAGACACGCUCACGCUCCCUGUCCACCCUGCUCCUCAUCCUCCUGCUGGCCUUCCUGUGGAGAAACUGGGACGCUCUCUCGGGGUAUACACACCGCGCACUGCAGCCCCCGGGAUGACCAGAUUACAUCCAGCACAUGUUGCUUUGGUGACACCAAGCGAUGUAACUGUAGCUGCAGUCUACAGUCGGUUCAACUGAGCACAUUCGGAAGCAGCCUGGAGCCAAGAUAAAGAGAGAGAAUCUAAGUGAAGACGAGAACAUUCACGUUUAGGAAGAACAAGACUGUUUACAUUUUUAAAAUGAACUUUUGUGUUGUUAUUCCUCACAGAAUGCAGUAUUGUACUGUUUUUACCUUUAGAGUUUAAUCAAUUAUAAUGUUAUUUCUAAUAAUAUUAUUUUAUUUUCAAUGUUAUUUUAUUCAGUACCAUGUAGCAUUACACUCCUCUCACUCUACAUGAAGGGGAGUUUAGUCAGGAAACUGGGCUGGCGAGCUGCCCCAAAGGCCCAGUCUAAUUGUAGAGACAUGCAAAUAUGAGAAUGUGGUUGAUUGCCUUUAGGGAAGAGAACUCUUACUUAGCUGUGAUUGGUAGAUUUGACCCAUGGCUAAAAGCCUUUCUGGAAGUUACACCUUUCUUGCUGUGAUGAAAUUUGUUCAGAUAGAACAUUUUGAAGGAUUGACCGUGACUUUUGAGUGUCAUGCUGACUAGAGACUUUGUGCUUCCUUACCAUGUCUAAUGGCAAAGAUCACAUUUACUUUAAGUUAAAAAAAAUGUUGAAAAUAGGGAAGAUUAUGAAUGACACAAAAACUAGAGGGGAAAGCUGAGGUGGGCUGCCUGCCAUAGAAACGGCACGUAAAUAUACAGAAACCAUCUGGCUGUUGUCUAGCAUCAGCCAUAUUUGUAACAUGUAUACAGUGCUGUCAUUAAGAAAAUUACUUUCAAAGCAGAUUUACUUUUAAAAGCAAUGAUAAAGGGCCUUUGUCCAAGUAAACUUAGUUUGCCGGGACAAUUGGCCUCCCACCCCACCAUUAUGAUGUGAUCAGGUUAAGAAAGGGAGACCACUGGUGCUUUUCCCAGUUCUGUCUCAGAAGGAUCAUGAAUGCUGCUGCUUCAUAUCUACAGUGCAAGUCAUCUCUACUGCCAUUCCAGUCAAAUGCACAUUGCCUGGAUGUGACUUUAUACUACUGACACAGUCUCCCUGCAUGUUAUCUUUCUUUCUUUUUUCCACAAGCACCCUAUCUCAAGGUGUGAUCACCCAGUGCCAAACUUCAGUUAGCCCAGGGAUGUCUAAGCACCCAAAAGGUCCAAGCAGCAGCUGUGGCUUCUAUUCAGAAAUGUCAUGAAUGUCUCGCAGAAUGUCUUUGGGAGAUGCAACUUUUGUGAGGGGCAAGUAAUUCGCAAUCUGAAACGUGACCUUGCCUCCAAAUGCUCAGCAGUGUUUUUCUACACAUUUGCUUCCACGAGUACAGCUCCUUGGCUCGGCAUCCAGUCUCUCUUUUACUCGCUCACUUUCUAACCUAGUCAAGGACACUACAAGAUGACCUAGCACGUUAACUAGUCUGCACUGUAUUUAAUGCCAAGAAGCUGAUUUCCUAACGACUUUGUGAUCAUUUGAAUUGUACAGCUGCACUUUAGCACACUGAUAGAUAGAGUAUGUGUCAGGCAGAGGCUUAAAGAGUGACAACCUUUGCGGUCUCUAUCAGUCACCCUCAGUGAGACAGGAAGAGUCGACUCAGGUCGGGGACGCUGACAUACUUGUCUACAGAAAAAAAAAAAAGGAAUUCAGUUCUUUUUUGUCAGAAUGUGAGUAAACUUGAUUUCUGUCAAGUUGAACUGCAGUAAGCAGAUAUACUGAUCUGUUAGUGAUGUGUAAUCAAAGGUACAAUAGACAAGUCCAGAGUGAGCUGACCUCUGACCUUAUCUUGUCUUUGCAACACCACCUCUGAAUUUGGGUUGUGUGCUAAACCACUUCAGUGCCUUCUGAUGUCCUUUUUUAAGUGUGGAAUAAAUAAAGUGCAUUCCUGACUAAUUCA